CUAAGAUUUUCGCAGUACGGAGUACACCCCUCUUGUGUCCGUCCAGCAAAUCUAUGGACGAACAUUGAUCAGCUGUGUCGAUUAGGGACGGAGAUAGCAGGUGUAUCAAGUGAUAUGGAGUUGGCGUCGAUUGAAAACACAGGUGAUGAUAAGAUCGUGAUAUAAAGAGUGCCAUGGGUAAUCGAACACCAUUGACACAAUAUCUUUGGACUUAACGACGCAAGUGUCUCAAAGCGAUGGGUUGAAUGACGAAAAAUAGAGAACGCCUAAUUCAAUAUGCAACAUCCACGAGUACCAUCGGUCGGAGAUAAAGUACACUUAGAAUUAGAACAAUUGAAUACGUUGCCUCUCGGAUGUGUCUGUCGUUCCUAAAAGGUAUACACCAACAUGAGUAACGUUACGUCGGGAAAGAUUCCGUUGCAUACAGUCCUGAGACUCAACAAUAACGAUGUUAAGGAAUUUAUCUGUGGCUGGGGAGCUGCUGUCAUCAAUGUCACCAUCACUUUCCCAAUUAACAAAAUUAUAUUCAGACAGAUUCUGGAAGGAAUGCCCGUGAGUGCCGCAGUCGGACAGGUUUCACGAGAGGGGAUACGCUUGCUGUAUCGUGGAAUCUUGCCGCCUCUGUGCCAAAAGACCCUCUCCCUCAGUCUGAUGUUCAGCAUGUACGAAGGGUGCAAGCACAGGCUCUGUCUGUUAACCGGCAACGUCGUGCUGGCUAAGAUACUGGCGGCGAAUAUAGCCGGCACGAUGGAAGCCAUCCUCAUGCCGCUCGAGAGAGUACAAACGCUGCUGCAGGACUGGCGGUAUCACGACAGGUUCAAGAACACGCCCCACGCGUUCAGGUACCUCCUGACGAAUCACGGUGUGGCCGAGUGCUAUCGCGGCAUGGUUCCCAUCAUAUACAGAAACGGCUUGUCCAACCUGAUGUUCUUCACGCUGCGGGAUCAGUCCAAGGUGCUGCUGGGCGAGAAGGAGUCGUUGCUGACCAACUUCGUCAGCGGCGCCCUGAUCGGCGGCUUCACCAGCACCGUGUUCUAUCCGAUGAACGUGAUCAAGAUACACAUGCAGUCGAAGAUAGGCGGGGACUUUGAGAAAUUCGUGGCUGUGACUCGCGAGGUAUAUGUCUCCAGGGACCGAAGCUUAACUUCCUUUUACAAAGGCGUGCACCUCAACUACAUGAGGUCCUUCAUCAGUUGGGGUGUGAUUAAUGCGUCCUAUGAUUUCUUGAAGAAUAUUAUUUUCUAGAUUGUUUAUUACGGGAAAAAUUUGUGCUUUUACUUCUUGAGAGGAUACACGUCCUGCUGUAUACAUUUUAUAGGUGCUCUAGGAGAUAAUAGGAAAUGGUUCCUUUUUUUUUUUAAAGAGAUGUGAGUGUUGCAGUCGCACAUUCUUCCUGCCAAUGCGGGGACGCACACGGGAAGAAAGGUCUAUGUGCAUAUGAGAAUUUUACGUAGCGUUUUAAGGAUUUAUUUAGGGAUAACAUCAACUGACUGACUUGUUCUUUUUUUUUAAUGAACAAUCAUGGAUAAAUGUUGAGGAGUACGUUAUCAAAUUUUUUUUCUCUUGAUUUAUGAAGAGGUAUAAUUUGUAGGUGUAGAUAGGUGUAAUUAAGAUUUUUGUGAAGAGUCUUGAUAAUUUAAUAUUCAGUCUUUACAGAUACAUUUUGAAAUUUUAUGCGCUUAAAAGGCAUGUGAUUAAUGAGGUAGAGAAAAGUAUUAGGUGAAUAAAUUUGAAUAGGCAAUUUGUUUUUAUUUAUGGACAAGGUGCUACCACGAUUUUAGCUAUCUAUGUGUAUUCCAUAAAUUGUAUAUAAACAAAUUAUGCUGAAAUGUCUUUGGAAGUGUUUUAAAUUUCAGAACAUUUAAAAGCAAAGCCUUGGGACUAAUUAGCUCGUUUCAUAAUAAACAAGCGUGUAUAAUAUCGUGUCACAAAAUAUUUCAAUUACUUAAAGGAUAGGCAAAAAUAUUUGCUAUCAUUGUAGACUAUUUAUACAUAUGUGAUAUUACAUUAUGUAAAAAUAUAUCGGAGACUUCUCUUAUGUAAAACAACGUGAAGAAGAGCAGGAAAGAGAAAAAAAAUAUAUGUAUAUUUAGUACAUUAUUUACAUAAUAAAUGAGUCAACGCUCGUCACAUGUAAAAACAAAUCUAAGAAAGUCAAAGGCUAAAAUACGAGUAAUAAAGGAUAUUAAAUAAGUUGAUUGUUCAACAGUAAAGGAAGCAUUGUGGACUGCUUCAACUGUACUGUCUUUUCCAGCACAAUAAUUGCAAAACAACGAAUAUGAGAAUCAAAAAGUAAAUUACAUAGUAACAAGAAGAUUAUUAUAAGAAGAUUCAUACGCAAGCAGAUUAACGCUCACAUCUUGGCCUGUGGCUUUCUUAGAUUUGUUUUUCCAUUAUUUAAAUACUAGUUUUUUACAUGGCAUUAAUUUUGUAUCAUAUGUAUAGCGACGAUAUUUUUUUAUUUUAUUUCGAAAUAGAAUCAAACGUGGAAGUUUGAGACAUAGACAAUUCAAUCGACUGGGACAUCGACUGAAUGCGGUACAUUAUUAAUUGGAUCAUUUAAUAAAUCAAUUUUACACGAAACAGUUAUCUGUUGGAUGUUCAUGUUCUGUACAAAACAUAUACAAAUGUCAAAUUAAUGCUGAAGACAAUAUAAAUUUGGUAUCUGUUA